AUGGAUUGGGCCACCACGUGCCAGGUUACCACGGAGGAGACCAUCGAAUUCCAGCUUAUCCGCCUGGAGAUAGCGAGCUCUAGAGAGAUCCUCUCCCCCGAACAGCGGCGCAAGGUCCUCAACGAUAUACCGCUCUGCCCCGAAGGGGGGCACAAGCUUCUCAACGCUAUAUCCCGCAUAGACGCUGUCGACAAGCUCCUCGAAGGGACGUGCCUGAACUUCUACUGGAUUGUUGAUACCAUAGGGGGGAUGGACGUCCGUAAAAUCGGUUUCAGGGGGGCUGUGGAUGCGGUGGUCCAGGCGUACAAGCCGCACACGUUCCUGGAAUUCGAAUGUGGAAGCCUGCACAUCUGUUUCCGCUUCUUUUUGAAACCGUCGAGGAUACCUCGCGGUGCGGCUACGACACCACGGGACUCCGAAGAACAUGGCGAGGCGUGGCGGAAGGUCGUGGUAGACUUUGAGCGCCUCGCCAGAGUACAAGGCUCUUACGGAAACCUCCAUAUUCGUCGUGGCGAUAUGCAACGAUAA